GUUAAAUUUAUUCUUUGUUAUUCAUCAUGCAUUUAAAUUGGUAAUUCGAUUUCAUAAAGUUUCCACAUCUUCAAAAUAAUCGCAGUACAUUUUCAGUUUUUGUCUCUGCGCCUAUUUUCUUCAGUUCCAGCAAUUACCCUCGAAUCGUACUUAAUUCAUUCCCUUCGCUAUUUCCUUUCGGGGAUUCUGUGGCAGCAGACUUGCUGAGCAGCCACACGAUGUACGCUGAUCGAGUGGAAGCUCAGGCUAAUAGAUCGAUUAAGGAGCGCCUGAACGGCAAUUCGGCCGCUACUUCCAGUCGUCGAAGGCCUAUCUCCGGCAAGAGACGGAGAGAAGAUGAUGGCAACUGGGAGCAUGAUCUUUUUGAGGGUAACAGGCCUCAGGUUUCAAAUCACAGAGUUGGUGUGAAGGAUCUUCGUCUGAAGCUUCAAAGGAAAAGCAUUGGGCAAGCUACUCAAAAUGCUAGAGGAUCUGCUCUUGGCGGUGCAAGGGAUUUACGUGAGAAGCUCUCUGGGUCACUUUAUUCUGGUCGUAUUGAGUCUCAUCCAGCGCCAUUGAGAUCAAAGCCUGCACCUGAAGCCAGUAAACCUGCUAGGAGUAGUGCCAUCACUGAAGCCCCGGCUCGAGAAACAAUGAAGAUUGCUGCCUCUAUACCAAAAAAUAAGAAACAGAAGGUUGAGACGGUGAAUGGUUUCUUGCAGUCCCUGGGUCUCGAGAAAUAUACAAUAACAUUUCAGGCUGAAGAAGUUGAUAUGACAGCAUUAGUACACAUGGGUGAUGAAGAUCUCAAGGCCAUGGGAAUACCAAUGGGUCCGAGGAAAAAGAUACUUCUGGCACUGGAAUCGAAAGUAUGAUAAUUGAGUGGAGUAAGCCAGUUGUUCUUCAGAUCAUCUGAUUGUAUACAGGAGUGGACCGACCAUCAAUCAAUCUACUAGUGGCCUAUUGUCAUACAGGUUACAGCUUUUCUGGAGUAGAGUUCCAAAUUGUGUCGUCGAAAAUGGCUUCAAUGGGCAUGUAAUUGUAGUUUAAACAUAAAUUAUUGAGGAAUGGGAUCUCUGUGAGUUUUUUGCUUUAAUGUAUUGAGCUGAUUGGUUCGUCCAGUUAAUUCUCCAUAUUGUCGAGCUGAUAGCUUAACUGUUGAUAUAUGCAUAUUUUAUUUUUGAGCUAUAUGUUGAAGCAUGCCUAGUCUGUAUGUGCUUGGAUUAUUUGGUUUGGCUUGACUGAUGAUUUUUUUAUUAUUAUGUACCAAUCCUGAAUUACAGAGAAAUUUCGUUGUGUCAAAUAUAAUGCAGUAACAGGUGUAAAUAUGUGACUUAUAUACCC